AUUCAUGCAGAUGAUACUGAUACUUCCUAAACAUCAUGGUUAUUGAUUUUCUAUCUUGUAACUCACAAAAAAAUCGCAUUAUUCACUCCCAUCUGUGAAGAUCAGGGGAAACUAUCAGUCAAAACUGUCUGCCUAGCAAUGUAGUCUAAUAUAAGUGAUCUGCACGAGGCAACAGAUUGCUUUGCAUGAAUGGGCUGAUGGAGCAAACUCACCCUUUUAAGAUACUUUUUCUUGGAAAUACUUUAAGACCAGUGUGACAGUAGCAUAUCUUCUCCUGCACUUACAUGACUCUGCAAAAUGUGCUUUGGCAGAAAGCAGCACUACCAGCAGCCAAACUCACAAUUUCCUUUCACAACUGGCAGGAAGCAUUACCAGUUAUUUUAAAAUCCUAUCCACUUUAAAUGCAAAAAUCACAUUUGAUUCCAAGCAGUGAGAACACAUACCUAAGAAAUGAUGUGUCAUUGAUGUUCAAUGACCCCCACCUUGUUUCAGCCUUCCUUUUAGCCCUCUCCUAAGUUCUCCCAGCAACAGAAAGCUCAUAAGCUCAUUGUAAUACAGAUGACUGCAGGGUGUGCUAAUGAUUAAUAAAAUUCACUGGAAAGGUUUGAAAAAAAAUGCAAAUAACUCUAAAGCAUGCAACAUAUUUAUUCCAAGAAAUUGUACCCCCUGUGCUUUUAGUAUCACAGCUCCUUUCUCUAGAAGGGUGUUCUGUUUCUGUUGUUCCUCAUCUGUAUGGUCAUAGGAGGACACUGGACUCUUUUGAGAACAGGACUAUAGGAGUUGUGUAAGUGAAGAACUUUAGUGUAAUGAAAAACCAUAACUUAUUCACAAGUUAAUUAACAGUUAACUGAAUUUCUUAAGCCUUGCAUUUUUUGAACAGAAAUGUUAUGGGUAUAUUUUUUACCUUACCUAAGUUCAACAUGUAAAGUUUACUCCACUAUUGACUUUAAUGUUGUGAUUGUGGGCUUGACAAUUUAUCUGGUGUUAUCAUGUAUUUUUCUUUUCAAGUGCAGUAUGAAGCUAAUUUACCAAAUUUUGUGACAAGUUACUCCAGAGAUCCUUUAAAUCUGAAGUUAAUAUCACAGAAUUUAAACAGAGGUAAGUCCUUGACAUUCACUGUGUUAAAGAAAUUAGAGAUCAAUCCUGGACUUGAACCACUGAAAGGAAAGCAAAAGAACUCUGGUCGGAGAUUUCUUACAUACAAGACUUGUGAAAACAAAUGGGAUACAUGGCUGCUGCUACCAAAGAAUCCCUGGCCACCUAAAUCUGCUUCAUUUACAGGUAGUUGA